CGCCGCCGGGCGGACGCGCGCUGACGGGCGCGGAGCCUGGAGCCGGGCGGCGCGGCGAGGCGGCGCGGCGGGGCGCGGCGGGGGCGGACUGGUCCUGAUGAGGCGGAAGGAGAAGCGGCUUCUGCAGGCGGUGGCUCUGGUCCUGGCGGCCCUGGUCUUCCUGCCCAACGUGGGGCUGUGGGCUCUGUACCGCGAGCGGCAGCCCGACGGCACCCCGGGGGGUUCGGGAGGCGCGCUGGUCCCCGCGGCCGGACAGGGCUCCCACAGUCGACCAAAGAAGCCACUUUUCCCGGGAGGUGGGCAGACGCUGAAGGACUGGCAUGACAAGGAGGCCAUCAAGAGGGAUGCUCAGCGCGUAGGACAUGGAGAACAGGGGAGACCUUAUCCCAUGACUGAUGCUGAGAGAGGUGACCAGGCAUACCGAGAAAAUGGAUUUAACAUCUACGUCAGUGACAAGAUCUCCCUGAAUCGCUCUCUGCCUGAUAUCCGGCACCCAAACUGCAACAACAAACGCUACCUGGAGACGCUCCCCAACACCAGCAUUAUUAUCCCCUUCCACAACGAGGGCUGGUCCUCCAUCCUGCGGACCGUUCACAGCGUGUUGAACCGCUCGCCCCCGGAGCUGGUCGCUGAGAUUGUACUGGUCGAUGACUUCAGUGACCGAGAACAUCUGAAGAAGCCACUGGAGGACUACAUGGCCCACUUCCCCAGUGUACGGAUUCUCCGAACCAAGAAACGCGAAGGCCUCAUAAGGACCCGGAUGCUCGGGGCCACAGCAGCAACUGGGGAUGUCAUCACCUUCUUGGAUUCACACUGUGAAGCCAAUGUUAACUGGCUACCUCCCUUGCUUGACCGCAUCGCUCGGAACCGCAAGACUAUUGUUUGCCCGAUGAUCGAUGUGAUUGAUCACGAUGAUUUUCGGUAUGAGACGCAGGCAGGGGACGCCAUGCGGGGAGCCUUUGACUGGGAGCUGUAUUACAAGCGGAUCCCGAUCCCUCCAGAACUGCAGAAAGAUGACCCCAGUGACCCCUUUGAGUCUCCUGUGAUGGCUGGCGGCCUCUUUGCCGUAGACCGGAAGUGGUUCUGGGAGCUGGGUGGGUACGACCCAGGCCUGGAGAUCUGGGGAGGGGAGCAGUAUGAAAUCUCCUUCAAGGUGUGGAUGUGUGGGGGCCGCAUGGAGGACAUCCCCUGCUCCAGGGUGGGCCAUAUCUACAGGAAGUACGUGCCCUACAAAGUCCCUGCGGGAGUCAGCCUGGCCAGGAACCUGAAGCGAGUGGCUGAGGUCUGGAUGGAUGAAUAUGCGGAAUACAUCUACCAGCGGCGGCCUGAGUACCGCCACCUAUCGGCCGGGGACGUCGUGGCCCAAAAGAAGCUCCGCGGUUCUCUCAACUGCAAAAGUUUCAAGUGGUUCAUGACCCACAUUGCCUGGGACCUACCCAAGUUCUACCCGCCCGUGGAGCCCCCAGCCGCAGCCUGGGGGGAGAUUCGCAACGUGGGCACCGGGCUGUGCAUAGACAUGAGGCACAGCUCCCUGGGCUCCCCACUGAGGCUGGACAGCUGCGUCCGGGGCCGUGGGGAGGGCACCUGGAAUAAUAUGCAGGUUUUCACCUUCACCUGGAGAGAGGAUAUCCGGCCGGGAGACCCUCAGCACACCAAGAAGUUCUGCUUCGACGCCAUCUCGCACACCAGCCCGGUCACCCUCUAUGACUGCCACAGCCUGAAGGGCAACCAGCUGUGGAGGUACCGCGAGGAUCAGACCUUGUUCCAUCCAGUGAGCGGCAGCUGCGUGGACUGCAGCGAAAGCGACCACAGGAUCUUCAUGAACGUCUGCAACCCUGCCUCUCCCACCCAGCAGUGGCUGUUCGAACACACUAACGCCACCGUCCUGGAAAAAUUCAACCGGAACUGAGCCCUCGCCGCCCCCCUGGCGGGCCUGCACCCCCCCUCCCCCC